AUCACUUCAGCACAAUGGACAGUGAGUUUGAUCCAAAUUUGAGCCCAAAUCCACAUGUUACAGGUAUGUAAAUUCUUCGCAAGUUGUGGUGUCCAUCAAGGUUACUCAACGAGGGUAUGGAUGUAGAUCAGCAGAUUUGUUUGAAUAGGUAUCAUACUGAUUGUACACCAAGGACCUGGUUGCUUUGUUUGCCGUGAUGUUCAAGAAGAUCAAUGCCGCUUUCCGCCCCAACCAUGGGCACCGGUUACGGGAGGACUACCACAACGCCUGCACUGUAAAGUUGGUGCGCAGCACAUCCAUGCUCGUGGUUGGGGAGAAGAGUGGUGUACGACAGGACUCGACCCUGAAGAGGAGUGUUAGUGCGGUCAGUGUGGAGUCCAGCACAGCUCUGUAUUACUACCACAGCCGAGAGGACAGGGUAUGGCUUUACUCUCAGAACCAGAACUGUCUGGAGUAUCUACAGGAACUGGUGGCACUCCGACGACAGUACACGAAGAGCAUCAGUGACCUCAAACAUGCAGAACGUCAAGAGACUGUCUCUGCCAAGAAGAAGCCUGCACCACCUCCACCACGGCAACCACAGCACAGAAAUGUCCAGCGUUCAAGUCCAGAACCUUCAGCACCACCAAUACCCAGUGAAGAGGACACACUGCAAUUCUUCGAUGAAGUUAUUGCAAGCUGUGACUCUGAGCGCAGCAGAAAACCCCAUGUGGAUGAUGGUCAUGCAGAUGUGGACUUUGUAGUGGCCACCAGUACGUGUGAACACGAUCUCCACUCUAACUGGGUUUUGAGGGACCCUCGGAGGAUCUCCAUGGACGAAUCUCGCCUAAAGCAAGCAGACCUGAGCUCAGAGCAAGGGUCUUGGAAGAAAGUGUUUGGUGGGACCACUGGCACUAGGCGUCUGCAGAGAAACCCCAUCCAUCUGCCCAAAGUGGUAGAGAGUGCCUUCCAGACCUUGCGCUUCAAACCCAAGCUUAAGAAGAAAGAUUAGCAACUGGGACUAAAAGAAAAUGCUUUUCUAGAGCGUGGCCAGUUCCAGUUAGAAUUUUAUCAACAUGAAUUCUACAGAACGUGCCUUUAUUUCAGCAUAGAAUAGUACAGAAGAUGAAACAGGACGAUUCUACAGAAGAUUUCAGGGAUUUCAAAGGGUCUUAUCAUAUGCCACUAUCAGUUGGUGGCAGAUGAGAUUGGAAAUGGUGGGAAAAUUACACUACUUAACAGAUUGAAGCAACCGUCACUGAUAUUGCUCAGUCAACGGCCAAGUUGUGCAUUGUGGAAAAAACAUGGAAGUGAGCUCUGUGAUGUAAUACUGGGGUCCUGGAACUCCCUCACUGGCCCAGGUUCAUCAAUUAUCCACGAUCAGUCUCAGUUUCAGCAGCUCUCAACAGCACUGCGCUCAGUGCCUCCACCAGGGCAUGACCAAGCUGUGCAACUUUGGUUCAUAGAGUUUUCCAGUCCGAGUAACAGGACUCUCUCUUACUAAUAACAAACCUUGUGUAGAGAUUUGUCUACUGAUCUGUCAACGAUCUGAUUAAUCAGUCAGCCGAUCAAGAUGUUGAGACAAGGGUUGAGAAGCACAACAGUGUCCUCAGGCCAUUUCCAGGAUCCCUUGUUGCUGCUGAAAAUGGAUCAGAUGACUGAAACCUGGUAAUGUUCAGUCUAAUCAAACCUCAGCACCUGGUCGGGGCGCAGUCUACUGGGUUCCCUACUGACCGAGAUACAUUGGGAUUGGUGUCCUUGUGUAAACCCAUUUUUCUUGUUCCAUACCAUGGAAAACAGUUUGGAAAAUUAAAGUACAUACUUGAUCAUCAAAAUAAUCAUCUGGGCUAAAUUACAGCAUGCCAUUAGUGAGUUCAGUACAGUACGGAUGUUUCCAGUUACCAAAGUGCCUUCAUUUUUUAGGUUUGAGGAAUAAUUUUGAAACAAAAAAAACAAGCUUGAUCUUUGAAAACAUAAUAGGUGAGUUUCCCAGACAGGGAGAGGAAAGGUUCAGGACUAUGCUGGAUUAUCUCUUUCCAGGAGAGCAACCUACAAAUUCAUAAUCGCCAAGUCUGAUAGGCUUUGUUUUAUCUAAACAUAUGAUGUGUACAAGUUGAUGUUGUGGUGAGAUGAUCUCACCUUUGUUUUUCAAUAAAAGCUCACUAACAGGAACACGUCACACGUUCCCUGCUAGUUUCUUUUUCACAGAAAAGAGGAAACAGGGUUUAUAUUUUCUGACGAGACAGUUUAGGAAAACCCCAGAAUACCACCCUGCAGGUGCCAGAUGUUUUAACCUACUACCACAAUUCAAAAGUAUGCCAUAUUUUCGCUAUGCUGUUGUGUGGUGUCAAUAAUAUGGUAUUGUCUGUAUGCAUUCAGAAGCAGAAAAGUAAAGGACUUAUUAUAUAUUAUUAUGGUUUUAUUAGAUUACUUUCAUCUACUUUGGCUUGAAAGCAGAGGGAAGCAUGAAGUGCUAUGAAAUUGGACUUGAUAUAUCAACACAGUGGACCAACACCAGCUGAUGACAUAGCUCUUCACUGUGGUAAAUGUAAUUGUCCAGCAGGACCAGGCACCUGCCCACACUGCCAAAAAAACCAACUGGUCUUACAUAAUAUUCUAAUUUACUAUGUCAACUUUUGGGUUUUUAGAAGCUAUUAGCCUUAAUCAUC